ACAGCAAAAGCUUAAAAAACCCAUCCGUAUACGACGACCCCCUACGCUCUCACUCACUCCCAAUUAGGCUUUGUGGUUCUCUGUGUAUCGCGUGCUUCGAUUCUUCAUCUACUUUCCCCUCUCGUUGAUUCAUCAACCACUGAAACCAUGAGUGAUGAAGGAGAAAAGACUUGUCCACUUUGUGCUGAAGAGAUGGAUCUAACAGAUCAGCAGCUGAAGCCUUGCAAGUGUGGUUAUGAGAUCUGUGUCUGGUGCUGGCACCACAUAAUGGAUAUGGCUGAGAAGGAUAACACCGAAGGGCGGUGCCCAGCAUGUCGUACCCCUUAUAACAAGGAAAAGAUUGUGGGGACAGCUUCAAAAUGUGAAAGAUUGGUUACUGGAAUGAGUGUAGAGAAGAAACAAAAGUCACAGAAGGGGAAAAUUAAAUCUUCCGAAGGAAGAAAGCAGCUUGGCAGUGUGAGGGUUAUUCAGCGUAAUCUUGUCUACAUUGUAGGGCUACCUCUAAAUUUAGCAGAUGAAGAUCUUCUGCAGCAGAAAGAAUAUUUUGGUCAGUAUGGGAAGGUACUAAAAGUGUCUAUAUCACGGACAGCAGCUGGUGCUAUUCAGCAAUUCGCUAACAGUACUUGUAGUGUAUAUAUUACUUACUCCAAGGAGGAAGAAGCAGUCCGUAGUAUACAGUCAGCACAUGGCUUUGUUUUGGAGGGUAGACCUUUGAGGGCCUGCUUUGGGACCACAAAGUACUGUCAUGCAUGGCUGAGGAAUGCGCCUUGCACCAAUGCUGAUUGUUUGUACUUGCACGAGUUUGGACCGCAAGAAGAUAGCUUCACUAAAGAUGAAAUAAUAUCAGCAUAUACAAGGAAUAGAGUUCAGCAAAUUACUGGUGCUACGACUGACAUGCAACGGCGCUCAGGAAAUCUUUUACCUCCUCCAGCUGAUGACCACUCUAAUAACAGCACUUCUCCAUGGGCCAAACCUAUUAGUAAAAGUACCACCAAUCAGAAUCCAGCAAACGGCAUGAAAGUUUCCCCACCAAAUAGCAGUUCUGGGAGAUCAGUAGCUCUUCCUGCAGCAGCCUCAUGGGGAACACGUGCUUCAAAUAGCCAGCCUAUUGUGGCAAAUGUAGCAAAUUUCAAAGGACAAUCUAAGCAACAAGCCGACCCGUGCAGUACUACACUUUCAUUUUCGUCAGCAGUAGUGAGUCCGUUAUCUCAUGGAGAUGAGAUAAUAAAGAAGCAUAGUGAAGAAAUCCACACUUUCCAAGAAGUUAAUCCAGGGUCUAUGAAAAAAGUUGUGGGCACGGACCACAGAAGAACGCUGUCUGAGACAGUUGUUACCUCUCAACUUCCUUCUUCCUCGACCUCAAGCAGCCAGCUUUAUACAACUUCACCAAAGGAGAAAAACAUAUCUGGUAAUGUGGUACCUGAUUUCUCCAGUUCUUCAGAGAUUUCCAGGCAUUAUUCAAAUCCUGUUCUCGACAAGGACCUAAAUCUUGCUGAUGAAGGAAGGAUUCACAACCUAUCUAGCAUUGAUAAGAAUCAAAGAUUACAACUUUGUGAGUCAGAGCAAUUUGCAGAAUCUUUGGUGCCAAAUGAAGCAGAAAUCCCUGCCAAACUCACCAUGGAUGAUUCUAUUAGAAAAGAACAAUCUGAUUUAGUAUCAAAUUUGCAAAAGAAAAUAGCACAAGUUGCAAUUAGUGAAGCGGAAGAAGAUUUGCUGUCUUUCAAUGACCAGAGGCUAAGGGAUACAGAAGUUGUUACACAAACAGGCUAUAUACAGAAUCUGCCUCAUUUUUCUUCUCAACAUACACAUUUCUCGUCUAAUGGCAGUCUAGACCCUCCAGUGGAUCAAAAUCUUGAGAAGGCUCCCCAACAUGCAUUUAAUGGAUACUCAUCUACUUUAGUUGGUAAUUCUUCUGUAGACAUAUCUAAUGGGCAUUCUAGCUUCCAUGGUACAGAAGGGGGUAGAAGGCAAAUGGGAAUGUUUGAAGAAGCAACACCAGCAAAAGGGGCCCACAGUAGUGCCUUAGAUUUAGGAGAAAGCAGUAUAAUAUCUAAUAUUUUGUCGAUGGAGUUUGACCCUUGGGAUGAAUCCUUAACUUCACCUCAGAACUUGGCUAAAUUUUUAGGUGGAAGUGAUAAACAACCUGAAUCUCAUAGAGUUUUAAGUUCAAGGAAAACACAGAACAGCAACCAGUCACGGUUCGCAUUUGCAAGACAGGAUGAAUGCACAGAUCAAGGAUCCAGUUAUGCACCGAAUUUAAGUGAUUUUGGGAGAGGUCUUGAACAUAAGAAUUUCGGCCCUGGUUUUGGCGGAAACAAUAGUAGUUAUUAUGACGACAAGCGAAGUAAUGGCAACGGUUUCUCUUCUUUUAGCUAUGAGGACUCUGAUAAUUUUGCCACCAAUUAUUCUCCUAUGUCCGAAAAUAAGAUUUCAGGUUCAAGAUCACAGGUAUCUGCUCCUCCUGGUUUUUCGGGGCCGAACAGAGCUCCACCUCCAGGCUUUACUUCUCACGAGAGGAUGGAACAAACUUUUGAUAAUCUAUCUGGGAACCAUAUGUUCAACACUUCCCCAAUUUUGAGAAAAGCACAUCAAGCAUCAGCCCCUGUAAAUAUUGGUGGUGUUAGUGAUUUCGAGUUUAUGGAUCCUGCAAUUUUGGCAGUUGGUGGUAGAGUCCCUAGUGGACUUACUAGCCCUAGCUUUGACAUGAAAUCAAACUUCCAUCCGCAGCCGAAUUCUUUUGAAAAUGAUGUUAGACUUCAACUUCUGAUGCAAAGAUCCUUUUCUCAGCAAAGCCCUAGAUUUACUGAACUAGGAGAUGGUUAUCCUCAGCACACCGAUUCUUAUGGAAUUCCUUCACGGAUUGUUGAACAACCUCUGUCAAAUAAUCUUUCCCCUUAUCAGCAGACCGAUUUCCACCAGCCAAGGAGUUCCCUCAUGUCUAAUGGUCACUGGAAUGGUUGGAAUGAAGUUCAGGGUGGAAAUGAUAUCGCAAUUGCAGAGCUCCUCAGAAACGAGAGACUGGGAUUCAACAGAUAUUAUUCAGGUCACGAGGAUACAAAAUUCCAGCUGCCGACUUCAGGUGAUCUGUAUAACAGAACAUAUGGAAUCUGAUUCUGCCGUUUGGUAUUUAUGAGCUUGUUGGAACUAGAAGGAUCACUUCAAAUGGAGGUUUGCACCCCAGAAAUGGCAUGAUUGACUCUUGAUUGGUGAAGGAUUGAACCCUCUGAAACAGGGAUUCCUGAAACCAGCACAGCAGGCGGAGCAAGUUAUGAGAUGGAGGAUCCUGUUUCAAAACUCGAGUGGAUAUGUUGUUGAUACGAGCGUGAGAAUUCCAGGCAAUUAAUCCUUGUGGUCUUUCUAGCCUCUACCGUGAAAAUGAUCUGCAGCUGCAUCGUUGAAAAGGGUUUUUUUUCUUUUCUUUUCCUCUUUUCUUAAAAUUAAAUUGUUUGUUGUGUGAUUGCGCAAAUACAACGAUUGAUGAUAAUUUUAUACAACUUCAAAUUUAAGGCAACUUUUAAAGUUAACGCAAAAAACUUCCAAAGAUUGAUUUUUAUGAC